GGGUUGCCGGACUUUUUAUUCGCCGAGCCCUUGUCCUAUAGGGACCUUACUGCAGGGCUUCUUUCCAUCAUGAGAUCUAAAAACCCAAUUCAACCAGAAAUCAAAAUUAUGAAAAGGGAAGAGCUGUGACGGGCCUUGCUUUUCUCGAAUCUUUAUCUUUCGAUUUAUUUUAUUCUCUUUUUCUCCGGACUUAGACCAGCCUUGAGCUUUCCGCGAGAAUGCCGGUAUUCCAAGCCAAAACCUUUCGACGGGCCACUACGGCGUCGUCUACGCUGGGAGAAAAGAUCGGCACAGCAUACAGAUCUAGUCUCACAAAGCAUCCGUUCCUUCUGUUCGGAAUGCCUUUCGUCAUGAUUAUUGUAGCGGGGUCUUUUGCGCUGACUCCGGCGGCUGCUCUGCGGUACGAACGACAUGAUCGCAAAGUCAAACAAUUAAGCCAAGAGGAGGCCAUGGAUCUAGGUCUGAAAGGAGAGGGUGGAGAGGAAGGAAUUAAGAGGAACCCACGGAGGAGGAUAAUUGGUGAUGAAAGGGAGGAGUACUAUAGACUCAUGGCGAAAGACCUCGAUAAUUGGGAACAAAAGCGAGUGAAAAGGUUCAAGGGGGAACCCGACGGCAAACUAUAA